CUCAUCGCAUCUCUACUACUCUUUCCUACAAUCUCUCAUCUAAACAUCAUCUAUCUCAUCUUUUAGAUUCCAAUCCAUCAUCAUGGCAAUGGUAUCUAACGGCAACGAAUACGACUUCAUCGUCGUCGGUGGUGGCACGGCAGGCAAUGCAGUAGCAGGUCGCCUGGCGGAAAACCCCAACGUCCGCGUCUUGGUCGUUGAAGCCGGUAUUCCCAACCCUGACCAGGUUGACGAGAUCACCACUCCCUCCAAGGCCUUCAACCUCCGAGGAAGUAAGUAUGAUUGGGCCUAUAAGACCACCAUGAUCAAGCGCGACGACUACGAGCGUGUCGAAAAGCCCAACACCCGUGGCAAGGCUCUCGGUGGAAGUUCCUGUGCCAAUUACUUCACCUGGAUUCCCGGCUCCAAGCCCACCUUCGAUGACUGGGAAGCCUUUGGCGGCCACGACUGGACUUGGGACAACUGCGUCGAGUAUCUCCGCAAGUGCGCAACCUAUCAUGAUGAUGAGAAGCUCUACCCGGCCGAGCUAAGCAAGAUCGGCACCGGAGGCCCCGUCCAGAUCGCCCAUGCCGACUUGGUCCCCGAAAUGCAACCCUUCCGUGACGCACUGACCCAAGCGUGGGUCUCCAAGGGCGAGAAGCUGACCGAGGAUAUCUACUCCGGUGAGAUGCGCGGUCUUACUCACUGCGUGGACACCAUCUAUAAUGGCCAGCGCCAAGGCAGCUUCCUCUACCUGAAGGACAAGCCUAACGUGACCAUCCUAUACGGAGCCCACUCGAAGCAGCUGAUCAUCGACCCCGUCACUCGUGUCUGCUCCGGAGUGACCGUCGUCAGUGAAGCCUACAACACCGAGAUCAGCGUCUACGCCAGUCGCGAAGUGAUCCUCUCCCAGGGUGUAUUCGAGACCCCCAAGCUCCUGAUGCUGAGUGGUAUCGGUCCCGCCGCAGAGCUAGCCAAACACAACAUCACUCCCAUCGUCGAAUCUCCCCACGUCGGCCAGCAUCUUCUCGACCACCCCAUCGUACCCUUCGUCCUCCGCCUCAAGGACGGCUACGGUCUGGAAGACCACAUUCUCCGCCCCGGCCCCACCAACAACGCAGCCAUCGCCCAGUACAAGAAAGACAAGACCGGUCCCAUCAGCUCCGGACUCUUGGAACUCGUCGGCUUCCCUCGCAUUGACCAACGCCUCGAGAAAUACCCCGCCUACCGCGAAGCCAAGGCGGCCAACGGCGGACUGGACCCCUUCGGACCCGCAGGACAACCUCACUUCGAGCUCGACUUCGUCGGCAUGUUCAGCACCGCCUUCCAAUGGCACUACCCCGUCCCGGAAGAGGGCAACCACAUGACUGUGAUUGUCGAUUUGCUGCGCCCCUUGUCAGAGGGUGAGGUGACGCUCAACAACUCGAACCCAUUGGUGCAACCUAACAUCAACCUCAACUUCUUCGGCAAUGACCUCGAUAUCCUGGCUAUGCGCGAGGGCGUCAGAUGGACUUAUGAUCUCCUGACCAGCGGUGCCGGCUUCAAGGAUAUUGUCCUGUCGGAGUACCCAUGGAAGAUGCCUCUUCAGUCGGAUGACGAGAUGAAGCGCGCUGUUUUGGAUCGCAGCCAGACUGGAUUCCACCCAUGCGGCACUGCCCGUCUCUCCAAGAGCAUCCACCAGGGUGUAGUCGACUCGAAGCUCCGCGUGCACGGAGUGCGCAAUCUCCGCAUUGCAGAUGCCUCCAUCAUCCCUGUGAUUCCGGACUGUCGGAUCCAGAACUCGGUGUACAUGAUUGGCGAAAAGGGAGCGGAUAUCAUCAAGGCCGACCACAAGGAUCUGUACGAGUCGAAGAACAUCCCGUACUUCGUUCCGAGUCGGUUGUAAGUACUUAUGAGUGGCUAAAAUAUGGUUUUGUUUUAGGGGUUUGGAAGAUUGUAUCGAUGGAUAUUGGUGAUUUGUUAGCUUUUUGCAUUGCUCUUUAGUCCCUGCUUUUAUGAUUUCAUCUCGUG